AUGCCCGCUCCAGCUACCAUCACCCCCCAGUUCUGGGACAAAUACUUCGGCGUCGAUGCGACCUGCGAGACGGCCUUCGAGGGUCUCACUGGUUCGAGGUUGUGGAAGGAGUUGCUGGUGACGUAUUGCACCGAGCGCCACUCUACUCUCCAAGUCUUGGGCAUGAGGACGGGCGCCGACGGGAAGUACACCCUCUUGCUCAAGAGAUGCCCCGAUGUCAACCCGCGGAAGCAGUACCAUAUUGUCAAGGAAUACGCCAACACUCUCAUGGAUAAGGGCCUCUUCUCCGAGAUGCGCGGGCAGCCCAUCGCAGUGGAGACGGGUGCGAGCUGCACUGAUGGCGAUUACUUGAUGAUCGCGGGAGCGACUUUAUGCGAGGCGUGCAAGGUUGCCGCGGACAUCGACACGACCAACGUCUACAUCCAGGACAUCAUCAGGGAUGGCAUGUCCAACAUCAUGGUGUUUCGUCGCGACUGUCCCAAGGAAAUCCAGCGCGCAGUGAAAAAGAUGCACAACAAGUUUCACAACGGGUCCGAUGCCACAUUCGUGGAGCUGUUCGAGCUUGUGGACGAGGCCGAGAAGACGUGGGCCGCUCACAAAAAG